GGACUGGGCCGGUAGUGGAACCCGGCGAGACGCACAGACCGUGCCGGAGCAGCCGCAACAGCGUGAGGGACGGGACAGACUGAACGACAGGUCGACUCAGCUGGACGGCGGUGGCGGAGCCGCUGGCGGUGGGAGCGGCGCUGGGACGGCGGUGGGACGGCGGUGGGACGGCGGUGGGACCAGCGGUGGGAGGCGGCCGGUAGCGCCGUGGGAGUCAGCCGGUGGGAGGCCCGCCGGCCGCCGCCGCGGGCGCGGCCCAGUUCGGCGAUGCGGAUCGUGGUGGACUGGUCGCAGGACGGAGCCGUCAGCCCGGCCUCGGCGCUGUCGGCCGGCAGCGAUCGGCGCCCCGGCCGGCCCUGGCUCAGCAAGGGCGCCAGCUGGCUGAGCUCCGUGACGCGCCGCAGCAGCGUGCGCCGCGCUCAGCAGCGGCUGCACGGCUGGCUCAGCAGCGAGAGUCUGCUCAGCAGCCACGAGCGCGGCCGGCCGGCCGCGGCUGCUGCCGAGGAGCUGCCGCGCGCCAGGGUGCCGCCCAACCGGCGGGCCAGCUUCGCCGAGUUCUACCCGGGUCAGCUGCAGCUGGGCCAGUCGCACAGCCUGCCGCGCGAGCCGGAGCCCCGCGCGCCGGGCCGCGCCGCGCUAGACCGGUUCGGCACGAUGAGAGGGGACGGUGGCGUUAGGGGUGUGACCUCCGACAGAGCCAGGUACCAGCCGCUGCCGCCGCCGGUGCUGUCCCCGCCGCAGCACCAGCACCUGCACCAGCACCUGCGUCAGCACCAGCACCACCAUCAGUCCCAGCCGCAGCGCCAGCACCAGCAGCGCCCGGCGCGCGGUCUGUAUCGCUCUGUCUCGAUCGCCGGCCAUCUGAGCGAGCUGAGCUCGGCCGCCGCGCCCGCCCCACACCGGCAGUUUGCGCGUAACUCUACCCUGCGUCGCUCCCGGAGCCGCGACGACCUGCUGUCCGCGCAGCCUUCGACCGGGCCCGAGCCGGGGAAGAUGGUGUACCACUACCCGCCGAACGGGCCCUACUGCAGCCCCGUGGUGCUGGUGUCGCGCACGGCAGCGGCCCCUCGGCCGGGCCCGCUGCGCCGCGCAGAGUCCCUCUCUCACGGCCUCAAGAGCCGCAGCCUGGGCACCUUACUGGAGGAGCGGCACGACCCGACGCCCAGUCCCAGCCCGCUGCCGCUGCCGGUGCUCGACCUGACCCAGGUGGCCGGUGGGGAGGUUCCUCCGCGGUCCGUCCAACGCAGGCCUGUCCCAGAGGAGCCACAGCCACCACCUCCGGGGGGCAACUACCACCCUGACGACCUCCUGCCGCCCCUGGCUGAAGAGAAUUCAAGCAAGGGCUCCUCAGAGGGGGAGCAAGAGCGGCGCAGCAGCUCGGGACGCGCCAGUCGUGAGCGGCGCAGGUCGCUCGGAGCCGAUCGGCCGUCGGCACGGCCUCACGUGGCCACCUUCUCCAGCCCGAGUCCGGAGAGUCCCGAGCGACCGAGCUGGACGCCGCCGCACAGCGUCAGCCCGCUGUACUCGACCCUGGAGGAGAGCGGCCGCCGCCGGGACCGGCUCGCAGACCUGCGCCUGCAGCGCGGCCGCGGCGCCUCCUACGGCGGCUACUCGGCGCACAGCGGACACCCGGGCCGCCGCGCCGGGCCCGCGGUGCGCAGCCAGAGUUUCCAGGUGCGCGCCCCGGUCGGCCCGCCCUCCGAGGACCGCGCCCACCCGCCGGGGUCCCCUGGCGACGCGCUGCCGCCGCAGCUCGACUACCCGCCGUUCGUGACGCCCGAGGGCGGCCUCUGGGAGGAGCGGCCGGCGCCGGGGCUCGGCCACCGCCCGCACGACGCCGAGCUGAUCCGAGCCGCCUACCGGGCGCGGUUCGAGCAGCGGCGCCGCUUCCCCAGCUACCUGCAGCCGGCCUUCGUGCCGCUGGAGGGAGUGGGCGCCGGCAGCUGGCACGAGCGGAACCCACUGCCGACAGCGGCGGCGCCGCGGCGCGCGGCCACUCUGCGGCGACCGGAGCCGCACUGCCCCUGCCACCUGAACCAGAGCGCUUCCGCUGCUGCCGAGCGGGCCUGGAGACGACGCUCCUACGCCGACCCUCGGUACAACUCCUACGCCGACCCCCGGUACAGCGCGUACGCUGACCCCCACUACAACUCCCUGCUCCUCCAGAACCAAGGAAACAUCAAUGGCGAAGUCACGACGAUCCCCGGAAGGAAUCCAAUCAACCAGGCGAGAGGACUGUCCAAGAAAAAUGGCAUCAUUGUCAACGAGCGGCUGCCGGUGCUGUCCGGGAAGCGACCGCAGCCGAACGGCUCCAGCCAAGGCUCGUCAGGCCGCGGUCUGCCCGUCAUCAGCGGUCUGAGUCCCUCUGAACAGGGACACGGCAGCCGAACGGACACCCACGGCCGGCCGCUGCCCCUCAGACCCUCCGAUGCGGUGCGGUACUACGCCUCUUACAUGUCCGAGUACGAGCUGACCGAGAUCGAGCAGUACGACGAGAUCUGGUUCCUCGGGCUGGACGCCAGCAAGGUGGCCGGCGACGAGGCGCUGCAGCAGAACGGCGGCUUCGACGACGAGCACGGCAGCUACGUCAAGGUACCGCACGACCACAUCGCGUACCGGUACGAGAUCCUAGAGGUGAUCGGCCGGGGGAGCUUUGGACAGGUGAUCCGCGCGCUCGACCACAAGACCAACACGCAAGUCGCCAUCAAAAUCAUCAGGAACAAGAAGCGGUUCCAUCAGCAGGCGCUGAUGGAGGUGAAAAUUCUGGACCACUUGCGGCGCAGGGACAAGGAGGGUGGCUACAACAUCAUACACAUGCUCGACUACUUCUACUUCCGCAACCACCUCUGCGUCACCUUCCAGCUGAUGGGGCUGAACCUAUUCGAGCUGAUCAAGAAGAACAACUACCAGGGCGUGUCCAUGUCGCUCAUCAAGAAGUUCGCCGCAUCCAUGGUCCAGUGUCUGCGACUGCUGUUCAGGGAGGGCAUCAUCCACUGCGACCUGAAGCCGGAGAACGUGCUUCUCAAGUCGCGGAGCUCCUCCAGCAUCAAGAUAAUCGACUUUGGCAGCUCGUGCUACACCCACCAGCGCGUGUACACGUACAUCCAGUCGCGCUUCUACCGCUCGCCCGAGGUCAUACUGGGUCUGCAGUACGGCACGCCUAUCGACAUGUGGAGCCUCGGCUGCAUUCUGGCGGAGCUUCACACGGGCUUUCCGCUGUUCCCCGGUGAGAACGAGGUGGAGCAGCUGGCCUGCAUCAUGGAGGUGCUCGACCUGCCGCCCGAGGAGCUCAUCGUGCACGCCACGCGCCGGCGCCUCUUCUUUGACUCGCGAGGCAACCCGCGCACAAUCACCAACACCAAGGGCCGACGGCGGCGACCCGGCAAUCGCCCGCUGCCCUCCGCCCUCAAGACCAGCGACGCCAUGUUCGUCGACUUCAUAGGAAAGUGUCUCACGUGGGACCCGUCCCAGCGACUGACCCCGGAGGAGGCUGCCCGUCACCCGUUCCUGGGCGGUCGGGUCAGCUCCCUGCCGCCGCCGCCGCCGGCCGUCCCUGCGCCUGCCGCCGCCGAGGAGCCUGCCUACAGCAUCUACAAGAUCUACCGCGGCCGGCGGCCGGUGCGAGACGUGGCCGCCGCGCCGGUGGCGGAGGUGGCGGCCGGCCCGCCCGCCCCGGUCCCGGCCGUCAGUCGCCAGGAGAGCAGCGUGGCGCAGGAGCAGGGCGACGGCAGUGAGGCGGCCUCGGUCCCUAGCGCCCCGCCGGUCGGCAGCACCCCGGCCCAGGAGCCGUCGGCGCCGACAGGGGCCAGCGAGCAGCCGACGGCGGCGCCGACGCGGCCCUCGACGGAGGCGACGAGCGAGGAGGGCGGCACCUUCCUGCCCCCGAUCCUGUAGGGCGGCCGGCGCGCUGCAGCGGACCGGGCCGGUGUGUUGUGACUCUGUCUCAGGGUGACGCCUCACCUCAGUGUGUCUGAUUUAGGUGGUGACCUCGCCGAGAAAGGUUCAACUGUUUGACGCCUGCGAUACGGACAUGGUGCGCUUUCUGACCCGUCGUUCACCCGCAAUGUUUGUUUGUAUGACGGUUUCCCAGUGAUAGCGCCUCUUUCUGAAGGUUACCGUUUCCCUGUGCGGACCGCGUUUUUAGUGUUUAGAUUUCCCGCUGUCUCACAAUCCCGAUUGUGGAGUAAAUCCCUGAGUACACCCUGCGAAAGGCCAGGGUUCUCAUUCUAGUGUGGCGACUCGCGUCCUCUCACCGUCAGCAGAAGCCUUGUACCGAACGUGAGGCUCUGGUCGCUGUUCAGCCGGUGAGCGGGCGGCAGGACGGUGUAUCGGUGAAGGUGUGGUACCGAGGCAGCGCUGGUAGUGGGACAGGGAUGGCCGAGUAUCGGACGGUCUGUGGUGAGACUCAGCUAGCGCGUCCCUUCCAUCUCCUUCCGUCCCGUCCUGUCCCUUAUCCAUACUGCCAUCCAUUCCACGGCGGCCAUUCCUGUCCCAUGCCCUAUCCCGCAUCGUCCCUAACCGUUCCGUUGCUCCUCAUUCUGUCCGCCAUCCUGGUCCCGUUCAUACCCAUCUCAUCCCGACCCUUCCCAGCCUACUCUGUUCCGCUCUGCCUCCUUUGGGUCGCACAUGUCGGCUCAUUUUCGGCUAGUACGGACGGAUGGGCGCUGUUGGAGUCCGUGUCUGAGUCAGUGUCGACCCGACUCCCCUGCCGGCUGGGACCGGAGCAGGAUAUGUCUGUAUGUGUUCUGUGACCGACGCUGUGCCUCCCACUGUGUCCUUUGGCCGAGUCUCCGGUGAGACGGGUCCGACCCUCACAGCCCAUACUGCGUACACACGAUGCUGCGCCGGUGCCGUGUCAUGCAAGGUCACAGCCCGACAUUGCGAAGGUGUGAUCAGUCGUCAGAAAAUAUUUUACGGCUUUUGAUACGGAAGUACCAUUAGUAGAAUGUGGUAGAGAAAAACAAAUAAUAGAAAUUUAGAUAUACCUAUGCUAAUAACAUUGAACCAAAGAACACACCAAAGUAUUUAGAGAGCGUGAAAGUGUGAACUGUGAUGUAUGCAUGAAUAGGACCGGAUAUGUGUACCUACUAUUGAGCAUGCGUGUGUUGUUCUGCGAGCGAGCGUUGGUGUCUUUGGUUCCAGGAAAGGAAUAUUUUCUCAGACAAUAAAUAAUGUGCAUAUGAA